AUGAAAUCUCAAAAAUCGGAAGAUAUAAAAUCAGACGACGAAUUCAACACAGCGUCAGAUUGCACUUUACAACAUUCGCGAUCCUCUUCAUACAACACAGCCUCAGAAUGCGAUCAGCAAUAUGCUCCAUGGUGGGAGCACGGGAAAGAUGAUGUAGACGAAAAUGUAAGCAAGGAAAAAAUGGUUCUCGCCGUGGGUCUUCCGCAACUUCCGCUGGCCAAAACGGUCCUGAAGCCGUCCCCUGAGGCACCUCCAGGCAAAAUUGUGCACGAAGUCAUCGAGACCACUCACUUAAAGGUGCAGCAUUCGCAUACAAUGGGCGUGAGGUCUUUUGUACUAUCUUCUGAGACAGUUAGGAAUAAAAGUGCUGUAGCAUCAACUACGAGGGAAGAAAUUAUAAGGGUCAGGGAUGAGGAGGGAAAGGAAGUUGUAAUUCCUGUGGAGAAGAAUGUGGAUGAGGAAGAGUUUAAGAGAAGAAUGAAGGAGGUAGGUUGUUUUGAGAAUGGAGCUUGGAAUUAUCAUAAAGUUACUAAACAAGCAAUUAAAGGAUUUAUUUAAUUUUUUAUGCAUAAUUUUCUUUGUUAGAUUAAUUAUUUUUAAAUGUGAUUAUAUUGUGCCAAUUACUAAAUUUGUUUAGAAACCUUUUAGCAACCAAUUUCAGCACACAAGUUCUUUUAUUAUGUAAUUGUAAUUACAGAAAUUAUAUUAAUUUAUACAUUUUGCUUAAUAAA